AUGAAGAUCGAUGACUUUAAUCAGACCGAUGGAUUACUACAAUAUGAUCAAUGGGUCGAAUAUUUAUUUGUUGGCGUGAUUUGGCUAACCAUCCCAAUCGUAUAUACUUACUUUACAUCUAAUGAAAUGGGAGACAUCCCAUUCGUGUGCCCUUCCUCCUAUACUUACCCCUCAGAGGCGGUCGAAGAUGCCUGCAAAAUUCGCAAGGGAAACUUGAUCUGUAUGUGGAUUUAUUAUGUUAUCCUCGUGAUGAUGACGAUGACCGGAUUUCCGAGAAUAUUUUAUUAUAUUGAUGACGAUUAUAUGGAUGACGAUUAUAAUGAAGGUUUCAGGGAAGGAGAAAUCAUGCGCAGAAUAGAUCUAGGCGAUAGCGAGGAAAAAUCGUUUGGUUUGGAAAUAUAG